AAUGACAGUUUAUAUCCAUCAAAAUUACACUUGAGCAGGUUUGAAUCCGGUCUAAGUUCGAAUAUCUUCAUAUCUUAUCAGAUUUAUCUUUUUAAUUCACAACAAAUUUACUCGAAUUAAAAAUUGCAAAACAGAAGAUGAUGAUGAUGAUGAAUAGUUUAGCUUGAUACCCUUCAAAAAAUGUUUUGCUAUAGUCGUAUACCCUCGAUCUCGCGAAAAAUCUUCGCAUAAUCUUAAGUUUAGUUUGAUCUCGGCAUUGAAAUGUAUUUCAAAUAAUAGAGUUACUCUUGGAAGCUUUCCAAAGCUUAUUUGCAAAAUUUAGUGAUAAGACUAUUCAAAUUCUUAAUAAUUCAACGCUUAUAAACUUUAUCUUAUUAGCAGAUAUUUUGCAAUUUCAAAAUAGAAACUUGAUUUUCUAUUGGAUAAAAUAACAGAAAAAAUUUAAAAUUGAUCCAGUGGGUGUAAAACUUCCAAAUCAUUAAUCAUCAAAAUAAUUUUUCAUUUCACUCAACGUGAACCUAAAUUUUCAAUAAAAUUCAAUUUCUUUAUAUAUUAAACGAGUACCUAAUAAACUGUUCAUAACAAAAUCAUUCCCAGCGAUUUUUUAAACGGACGACAUAAAGUUCACACAAAAGAAAAGUUAAGUUUAAAAGUUCUGAGUACACUUUCUAUAAGCUGUAAGACUACAGUGAUUAGUUUAAGUUACAUAUCACUUAAGCGAAUUUUAUUUUGAAUUAAAAAUAAAAGAAAUAAAUAAUGGAUAGUCCUGGUGCGGGGGGAAGACGAAGAGGAACUACAAAAGUUUCAGCAGAAGAUCAAGCUCUUGACCAAAUUGCAAAAGAUGCAGAAGCCCGUUUAGCAGCGAAACGACAAGCAAGAGCUGAAGCAAGAGAAAUUCGUAUGCGAGAACUUGACCGACAACAAAAAGAGUUGGAACAAAGUGCUGAUCGAGUAUACGAUAUGCAACAAUCAGAAGUAUUAAUAACACCGAGAUCGCGAAUGAUUGGAAACAAUCCUUCAGCGAUUCGCGGAUAUUCGAUGUCAUCAAGACGAAGUAGCGAAGAUUCACAAGAAGAAGAAGGCAGAAGCUUGAGAGAUAUUCGACAGGAAUUAAAGGAUGUUGAAGAAAGAUUCCGCAAAGCAAUGAUAACAAAUGCCCAACUUGACAACGAUCGUUCCUCACAAACAUAUCAAAUUGAUCUACUUAAAGAUAUCGUAGAAGAGAUGGAAGAAUCAUAUGCACAACUGCAGCGUGAGUACCGUGAAAAGAGCCGAGCGCAUGAUUCACUUAAAAGGCAGAACGAUAAAUUGACUGAGGAAAAUAAAUUGUUGCAAGGACAACUAAAUGAACGAGACACAUUAAUCGCCAACUAUGGUUUAGUGAUUUUGUUAGUAGAAAAUGACGAUGGAAGUGAUGCUAAACGCGUUCUAGUCUCGAGUGAAAAUGCUCAACUUUUGAGCACUGUUGAAGGAUCUAUUGAUGCUCGACUAAAGACUUUUGCAGAUGAGAAACAAGAACUUCAAGCGGAGGUUCAAAAAUUAAACCAACAGUUGAACGAUAUAAAAUCACGAGGUGGAAGACGAUCAAGUUCACGCAAUGGAGUGUUAGAUGACGACGAUUCCGACGAUGCACAGCGUGAGGUAACAAAAGCACUUAAUGAUUAUAAAUAUCGUUUGCAAAAAGCAGAACAAGAAAUUGCAAGUCUUCAGGCAAGCUUAGCACGUUCCGAGACACAAGUUAUUCGAUACAAAAGUACAGCAGAAGCAGCUGAAAAAGCAGAAGCGGAUCUUAAAGUUGAACGUAGAAAACUUCAGCGAGAAAAUCGUGAAGCAAUGGAACGUCUUGAAGAGCUUGAGACGUCAAAUAAUCAUCUGCUGAAACGAUUGGAUAAACUGAAAAACGCGAAAAGUGCAUUGCUAAAAGAUCUUUGAUAGAUUUGAGAACAAACGACAUCCA